GACGACAACGCAGCGCAAACACACAGCGAAAACCAAAAACAACAAAUAAACUGUCCAACUGUUGUUGUUGCUGGCUUUCUCAUUUGUGGAGAGUUCUGCUGCUGCUGUUGCGCUUCUUAUUCGUUUUUCGUUUUUUUUUUGCACGUGUGCAAGUGAGAGUGCAAUAACGUGGUGGGAGAGAGCGAGUGAGAGAGUUCUGAGAGCUUUUCUUAUAGUUGUUUGUGUAAAAUAGCACAAAAACUUAUCGCGCGCUUUUAAAAAAACAUUUUCAUUGCGUUGGCUUCUGUGGACAAUUGGUGUAUUAUUUGCAUUCUGAAAGCAAUAAAUAAGGAAAGCCACAAAAAACAUUGUGCCACAGAACCACAUACGUUAAAAUUCCACUAACCAACCACUCGGCGAAUAGACAAGCAGCAAAAUGUCGCCAAAAUCGCUAAAUGUGCGCGUCACGACAAUGGACGCCGAACUGGAGUUCGCCAUUCAGUCGACAACGACGGGCAAACAACUGUUCGAUCAGGUGGUCAAGACGAUCGGCCUGCGUGAGGUUUGGUUCUUUGGUCUGCAGUACACGGACUCAAAGGGCGAUUCCACAUGGAUCAAGCUAUACAAAAAGCCCGAAUCGCCGGCCAUAAAGACUAUCAAGUAUUUGAAACGUGUUAAGAAAUAUGUGGACAAGAAGACAGCCGAUAGCAAUGGACACAAUCAGACAGAUGAGAGCGAAGAGGAUGACGAUGCCGAUGAUAUGACUGGAUCAAUGCCGUUUUCCACAUGGGUGAUGAAUCAGGAUGUGAAAAAGGAGAAUCCCUUGCAAUUCAGAUUCCGUGCCAAAUUCUAUCCGGAAGAUGUGGCCGAGGAGCUGAUACAGGACAUCACACUGCGCCUGUUCUAUCUGCAAGUGAAGAAUGCCAUAUUGACCGACGAGAUCUAUUGCCCGCCGGAAACGUCGGUGCUGCUGGCCUCCUAUGCAGUGCAGGCGCGUCAUGGUGAUCACAAUAAAACCACCCAUACAGCCGGUUUCCUAGCGAACGAUCGAUUGUUGCCACAGCGCGUCAUCGAUCAGCACAAGAUGUCCAAGGAUGAGUGGGAGCAAUCGAUAAUGACCUGGUGGCAGGAGCAUCGCAGCAUGCUGCGCGAGGAUGCCAUGAUGGAGUAUCUGAAAAUUGCCCAGGAUCUGGAAAUGUAUGGCGUCAAUUACUUUGAGAUCCGCAACAAGAAGGGCACCGAUCUGUGGUUGGGCGUCGAUGCCCUUGGCCUCAACAUUUACGAGCAGGACGAUCGAUUAACGCCCAAAAUUGGUUUCCCCUGGUCGGAGAUCCGUAACAUUUCCUUCUCCGAGAAGAAGUUCAUCAUCAAGCCCAUCGACAAGAAGGCACCCGACUUUAUGUUCUUUGCGCCACGCGUUCGCAUCAACAAACGCAUCCUGGCCCUCUGCAUGGGCAACCAUGAGCUGUACAUGCGUCGUCGCAAGCCCGACACGAUCGAUGUGCAGCAGAUGAAGGCGCAGGCGCGCGAAGAGAAGAAUGCCAAACAGCAGGAGCGCGAAAAGCUGCAGCUGGCGCUGGCAGCACGCGAACGUGCCGAGAAGAAGCAGCAAGAGUACGAGGAUCGCCUUAAGCAAAUGCAAGAGGAGAUGGAACGUUCGCAGCGCGAUCUGCUCGAGGCCCAGGAAAUGAUUCGCCGCCUCGAGGAGCAGCUGAAGCAGCUGCAGGCCGCCAAGGAUGAGCUUGAGCUGCGCCAGAAGGAGCUGCAGUCGAUGUUGCAGCGUCUCGAGGAGGCCAAGAACAUGGAGGCCGUCGAGAAGGCCAAGCUCGAGGAGGAGAUCAUGGCCAAGCAACAGGAGGUGCAACGCAUUCAGGACGAGGUCAAUGCCAAGGACGAAGAGACCAAGCGUCUGCAAGACGAGGUCGAGGAAGCACGUCGCAAACAGGCUGAGGCUGCUGCCGCGCUGUUGGCUGCAUCGACCACGCCGCAACAUCAUCAUGUGGCCGAGGAUGAGAACGAGAACGAGGAGGAGCUGACGAAUGGCGAUGCCGGCGGCGAUGUGUCGCGCGAUUUGGACACGGACGAGCAUAUCAAGGAUCCCAUCGAGGACAGACGCACGCUGGCCGAGCGCAAUGAGCGCCUGCAUGAUCAGCUCAAGGCCUUGAAGCAAGAUCUGGCGCAGUCACGCGACGAAACGAAAGAGACGGCAAACGACAAGAUUCAUCGCGAGAACGUGCGUCAGGGACGCGACAAGUACAAGACGCUGCGUGAGAUCCGCAAGGGCAACACAAAGCGUCGCGUGGAUCAGUUUGAGAACAUGUAAAGCGGCAUCCACGACGCCUUCUUCUACAUCCAACUACUAGCAGCGCUCCAUCCCUCCCCCCUAACCCCAUCUCUCCGCCCCGCCCAAAAUCACGUCGAUGUAGCAAAAAACAAAACAAAACAAAAAAAAAAGGAAAACAAAAAAAAAAAACUUUAAUCAAUUACACUCCACAGUUAAUAUGAAGCUUAAACAAUUUAUUUCAAAUGAGUUAUUUUUUUUUUAACCUGACCCGCGACGUGUAUGUAUAGAAAGUUGAAAAGAAAAACAAAAACAAAUAAAAAUAAAAAUAUGAAAAUGAAAAUAAGAAUAUGAGCAGGAGAUGAAAUGAAGCGCAGCGUUAUUUAAAACAAAAAAUAUAUAAAACCAAAAAGAAAAUAAUAGAAGACACUUCCGCCAACGGUUUUGACAGUCUAGUGUUAAACGACAAUCAAUCAAUCAAUCAAUCGCCCCGCCCCAUCCAUGCAGUAAAUAAAUUUUAUAGAAUGGUCGCCAAUUUUUGUGCACCAGCCAGGUCCAGAAUCCCUCCUCCCUUCUCCCUAUGAGCUCCACAUUGAGGAGAAACGAAACGCAGUAACAAGAAAAACAACAACUACAACUACAAUAACAAACAACAACAACAGCAAUUUGCAUUUUCCCCCGUUAUAAAUAUUAUUUUUAUUAUUAUAUAAUUACUAUUUUUUUUAAAUUUGUAUAAUUAAAUAAGAACUUGAUUAAUUGUUUCUUAAAUUAACUUGCGAAAGAAAACAAAACAAAAAGAAAACAAUAUUUUUAAUUAAUAUUAUUACAAAAAAAAAAACAAACAAACAAGAAAACGAAAACACAAGUGAGAAAAAGGAUAAAAAUAUAUUAUAUAAACUAUAUUUUUCUUCUUUAUUUUUGUUUUGAAAAAAAUCUUUAAAAAAAAAACUAUUGUGAAAAACCAAACAAAGAGUUUUUAAAUUAAACAAUAAAAAUGUAAAACAAAACAAAAACAACUACAACAGUGACAAUGAGCAUUUAUUCAAGAUAUUGAAAGAAAGAAAAUUAACUUUUGGGAUUUUGACAAUUUCUAUAGCAUACUUUUAUGCUGUCAAAUUAAAAAAAUUAUCGACUAGGCGAAUGAGUAAUAAAAUAAAAAAAUCGAAAAAUUGAAGUUCUAAUGCUGAAUAGCAUUUGUCAAGGUUAAUUUUAAUUUGAUCGUUUUAGUAAAAUGAUCUGCUUGCAUAGCAUUAGCGACUUUUGACUUUGAGUCGGUUUAAUAAUCGCCAUUCAGUCUAUGGGUAAUUAUAAUAAUCAGGGAAUGUGAAAACAGCUGUAGAAUUAAAUCUUACGCAUCUAUCAUAUUGAAAUGGUAUUUGUACAAUUCCCUAUAAUAAAAAGACACAUCCUUGUCCGGCACAACAAAGCAUUUUUUCCAUAUGAUGAUCGCCGUGUCAAUCACAUGAUUAUGGAUUAGCAUAGGAUAUCGAUUGUGUAUAUCAUCAUACAGACUAAGGAAUUUUUCCGGUUCGAAGUCGUUCCGCAUCGCCAUCAGGACAGCCAAAGUAUAGUUAUAUUUCUUCCUGUUCGCAGUGUAGACAGCCAUUUUGCGGUCUUCUUCAGUCAUUGUGCUCAUUAGACGGACAAAUAAAAUAAAUUUGGAAAAGGCGU